AUGCCUAAAAAAAGGGAAGCGUUUUCUGAAACCAAUUUACUAAAAUCCAUAUCUGCUGUGCUAAAUGAUGGUUUGAGCAAAAAAGGAGCUGCCAAACUGUUUAAUGUUUCAAGAUCAACAUUACAGUUUAGGCUGAAGAAUCCUGAUGGUAAAACAACUUGUGGCCCUAGUACUAUUUUAACUGCAGACGAAGAAAAACUUUUGGAGACCUGGAUAUUGGAAAGUUGCAAAAAAGGAUUCCCUCAGCGCAAGGAAGAUUUGCAGCUCAGCGUUAAACAAUUUUUGGAUAAUGACAAUAGACCUAAUCCGUUUAAAAACAAUUUACCAGGAGUUGGUUGGUAUAAAGCUUUUAUGAAUCGACAUCCAUCCAUUUCUGUAAGAACUUCUGAACAUGUAACAGGUGCUAGUGCCAACGUAAGUGAAAAGGACAUAAGAAAAUGGUUUUCAGAUAUUUAUAAAUACCUAGAUGAUCAUAACUUGAGUGAUAUUUUGAAUGAUCCUACCAGAUUGUUCAAUGGUGAUGAGACAGGAUUUGCUCUCUGCCCUAAAACUAAAAAUUUCCUUAAAGUGCCAAUAACUAUACACUUUACCCUAUAA